AUGAACCUUGACGAGCGUGAUCGCAAGAAGGUGUUUCGCUAUGCGGCCCAUCAGCCACCCACCCACCACGUCUACAGCCAGCACGGGCCGCAACAGCACUCGCCGUAUCAUCAGCAUGGGGGCGGCGGGGGAUCGGAGUACACCUUCACGCCCGGGUCGCCGGUUGAGGAUAGCAACAUCGAAUACGAGCGGAAAGGCGGCUGCUUCGUAUCGAUCUGCCGCGGCAUCAGCAUCGCCGUGCUGAUCUUCGUCUUCAUCUUCUUCAUGUCGUUUACGAUCUUCUUCAGCACCAAAUAUGCAUACGAGCACAAGCCGAACCUGACGCUGGAAGACUUUCUGAACCACCGGGCGUACCUGAUCGACAAGCGGUCACGCAUCCCGAAGCACGUCAUCCCGAAGCACUACCGGCUGUUUGUGCACCCGGUGUUCAACGAGACGGACAAUCCCUUCAGCUAUACCGGCAUCGUGUGGGUGACGGUGACAUCGAAGAAGCAGAACAACAAACGCAUCGAGCUGAACGUAAAAAACCUUAAGAUACGACUCGAGGAUGUGGCCGUGCUGAAGAGCAUCCGGCUGACGAACGACGACUUCGACGAGGAUCUCGACUGGGACCUGAGCGAGGAGGAUCUGUACUCGCUGCCACGGCUCAAUCGUCGACGUCGGCGGCGUCAAGUGGCAGCGGAUGGUGAUCAACCGGCACCACCACCAGCUCCAUCGGAAGCUGCCAGUGAUACCACGUCAACACCAGCGCAGGAAGAAGAUCAAAACAGCGCACGGGAAAUUUUGGAUGAUGAGGAGAAUCCACCGAACGGGCGAGAAGCGGGAGAGGAUGAGCGGGCGGGUAAGCCAGAUCCGAUCAGCUCGAGCGUGGAGAAUGCCACCGUUAUCGAUAAGUCCAAGUUCUACCACCAUCCCGUGUUUCCGGCCGAUGACUUCGUGACGAUCAAGAUACUGGACAUCGAGUUCGACGAGUCCAACGAGAAGAUGAUUAUCUUUCUCGGUACCGAGAUGAAGAAGGAAAGCUACUACAUCGUAAAGGUCAACUUUACCGGCAAUAUGACGAACGACAAGGGCUUGUACUACACGCACUACGAGGAUGACGCGCCGGAUCACAGACACUUUGCGGCGACCGUUCUCGAGCCGAACAACGCCCGCCGGCUUUAUCCGUGCAUGGACGACCACAACUUCCGGUCACCGUUCGAGCUAAAUAUCGCGCGCAAGAGUAACAUGCACACCGCGUCCAGUAUGAACCUAGAGAUGUCGGAGCCGAUGGAAACCAGCGACAUUGUGGUGGACACGUACAACACGACCGGCAUGGUGCGCGCCUCCGAAAUCGGGUUCGUCGUCACGGAUAUGGCGCCGGAGGAGUAUAACAUCACGAACCGGGUGAAGCUGCUGGCGUACACCCGGACGCGCUACGACGAAACCAUCAAGAACGCGACGGGUGUGUUUUCACGCAUACUGCAGAUCUACGAGCAGUACCUGGGCGUACCAUUCCCGUACACGGUGAUACGCUAUGUGACCAUCCCGAACAUCGAUCACACGACUUACGAAAUCAAGGAAGGUAUGGUGCUUUCGAGCGAGAAGCGCCUGAUCAAGUCGGGCGACUACUUUCCCCCGCUGGACAAGAGCAUCGACCGGGAGGUGGCGAACGAGCUGGCGAAGCUGUUCAUCCACAACCUGGCGGACUACAAGAACAAGGAAACGUACUGGCUGCACGAGUCGAUACCGCUGUACCUGGAGUCGCUGGCAUUGCGCAACAUGACUACCAUCAAUUCGACCACCCUGGAUGACUUUCUAUUGGAAGGGCGGCUCCGUUCGAUGCGCGAGGAGAUGAACACGAAAACGUCGGCGCUCAACAUCUUCACCAACCACUGGGAGGAGGACACGCACUUCGAGCUGGUCAAGUACAAGGGGCUCAGCGUGCUACGCAUGAUGAACUAUACGCUCGGCGAGAAGGAGUUCGAUCACUUUCUGCGCGAAUACUUCCGCUACCGCAUGGAGAGCGAGUCUAUCGAUGUGAUAGAAAUCCUCGACGAUGGUGACGCCGGCAGUGGACGCACAGACGAAGUGUUCCAUAGCUUCCUGCACAGCUGGAGCAGCCUGGAAAAGUACCCGAUCAUCAACAUCAAGCGCAAUAACGCGUCCGGGUACUUCGAGCUACGACAGCUGCCGCUCCCGUUUGAGGAAGAGACGGCCGAUCAGCUGUGGACCGUACCAGUCACGUACAUCAACGACACCAAUCAGCGGCUGUUCGCUGAGAAGGUGCGCUGGCUGACGGACGUCGAUAAUCUGCUAACGAUCAAAUCGAGCUGCGAAGCGAUCACCAACGGUUCGUGGAUCAUCGUUAACCCGAGCGGGAUCGGCUACUAUCGUGUUAAUUACGAGCCGUCACACUGGAUCAAGCUGGCCCACGUGCUAAAUAGAAACUUCCACUACCUUCCGUACACGACGCUGGCGAUCAUUGUGGACGACGCGUUGAAUCUUGCCCGGCUCGGAUUGCUGAACUACUCGAUUGCCUUCAACGUGGUGUCCUUUCUGAAGAAGAACAACGAACACUACCAGCCGUGGAAGCUGGCGCUAAAUAACCUCGAGUUUGUGUACCACGCCACGGAAGAUCUUCCUAAUUUUCGUCACGUUGAGCGCUUCCUGGAAUAUCUUAUCGUAGAAAAGUACACCGAAAUCGAGAGCAGCGAUGGCAGCAACUACUACAAUCCGUCGAUCAAGGAGCUGAUUGUCCAGUGGGCUUGCAAGCUCGGGGUGUCGUUUUGUGUAGAGCAGCAUAAGGCGAUAUUUAAGCAAAUCUUCUACAAUCAAAGCAUAUCACCAUUCACGCAGCGGGAGGAGAAGUUGCAACGCGUCCUGUGCACCACCGUGCGAUACAGCGGACUGACCGAGUGGAAAACAGUGGAGCAGCAGUACCUCGAGACGGGAGACAUUAAUUAUCAGCGCAUUCUGAUCAAAAGUCUCGGAUGCACGCGCGAAAUCAGCCUGAUCAAGCGCUACCUCAGUCUACUGAAGCACCCACUGUUCAGCAUGUACACCAAGGAAAUACUGACAUCGAUCAGCGAGAACAAGGUGGCGCUCAAGUACACCCUCGACUAUCUCUUCAACGACUGGAUUGACGUGCGCCGCUAUCUGACGCUGUACGACAUUUCGAUCCUUCUGCGCAGCAUCUCCAACACGAACGAGUUUAAGAUGUACGAGCAAAUCUUCUUCCGCUACUCGUAUACGUUCCAGACGAUGGAUAAGGAGAUUCUCAAGCGCAUGCGAGACAUGAUUAUGAAACUGAUGCGGUGGCGAGAGGAAAUCGCCCCAAUUAUUGAGUUUGAACCAUUCGAUUUCGGUACCGAUGAAAUGCGGACAGAUGUAUCGCCCGAAUAUAGUAUUUAGUAAAGGCUGUUUGUUUUACUCCCUGUAGCAAAACAUCGUGAUCCGUUCAAUACAUCAUAGUGUGUAACUGACCGACUAAUUAGGCUGUUGCGAUACUGACACGUUUCAGCACAACACCAUGAUUUAUGUUUAGUGUUUAGUCUCUACUCGUUGUACAAGACACAAGUGAUAAUAUCCAGCACCGUGUUAACCGCCACAAGAAUAGGAAAUAAAAGAUUGCCUAAAACCAAGGAUCGGUUUGAAACAUUGUUUUUCUGGUGAUAAAUCUAUUCGGAUUAAUUAUUUUAUAGUACGAUAGAAAGACGGAGAUUUAAUA